AUGGGUUUUGCUCAGAAACUCGCCGCAGCUCAGAAUAGCCAGACGAUGGCUGGUAGUGGUACAUAUGGAGGUGCACCCCCCCUCGGGGUACACUGGGGGACCUCCUGCAGCAUUGCAGGCCGGUGGAUCCGUAAGUCAUUUGCCCAAUUUUGUCGCUCGUUUCUACUAAGAUUCGCACCUCGACGUCAUUUCAAAGAAGGCAAAGUGCUAAGUCAGUCCUCUGCAGAGUCAGCAACAGCAAUACCAAGCUUAUCCUGGAUCCCCAGCCCCUCAGGGAUCGGUAAGCCAUUUCCUUUAACUGAACUUUUCUGCAUUGUGUUUUCUUUCCUCCCCGCGUUACCCCUCCACGGUCAUCAUUCGGUUCUGGAACAAUCCAACCCUUCAUCAUGUCCGGACCAUACCAAGGCUAUACUCCGUACGGCGGCUCAUCGUCUCAACAUCAGCACUACAACCCUUCGCCAUCUCCUGCCUCCUACGGCAGGCCUCCGCUAUCCAGCCCCCCGUACCCCGCAUCGCAGCAAUCCCAGGGCUAUGGCCGCCCGCCUCCACCACCACCCCAGGGCCAGCCCUAUGCCUCCGCUAGUUCGCCAUAUCCGGGCCAACAGCCUGGUCAGCCCUAUGCUUCGCCUAGCUCGCCCUACCCGGGACAGCAGCCUGGACAGUCACCAUACCCUGGACAACAAGCCCCACCACCACAGGGGUAUCCCGGUCAACAGCAACACCCUGGACAACAGCAGUCUUAUGUACAAAUUACCCCCUACCCUGGAUUAUUCCCGCCUUGAUCGUUGUCUCGCGUUUGGUAACCAGGCUCCUCCUUACCCCCCUCCCCAGGGAUCUCCAUAUCCUGGUGGGCAGGGCCGUCCUGGACCACCAAGUGGACCACCCCCUGGCCACUAUGGCCCCCCUGGUGGUGCCCCUCCCAAUGCAGCGCCCCCGGCUACCCAGCAACAGAUCGCAGCUUACAGAUCGCUUUUGAUCUCCACAAUCCAAGAGAAGAAUCUUCAAAGCUUCUACCCACCGGAGCGACUGGACCGACUUGUCCAGACGCUGGCCGCCGAAGCCCCAGGAAAGCUUAACAAGCUGAUUGGCGAGUGGUGCGUACCCAUGGAGGUUGCGACCGAUGUCAUGAAACUGGCACUGUACGACGUGAUCCUCUACGUGGAUGACAGUGGAUCGAUCGAAUUUGAAGAGAAGGGACUUCGAAAGGACCAGCUGAGACAGAUCCUUGGUCUCGUAGCUACUGCAGCAUCGACCUUUGACCAGGAUGGUAUUUCUGUCCGAUUCAUGAACUCUACCGAGAAGGGUGAUGGCAUCCGUGAUGCAGAGGAUGUCAACCGUCUCGUCUCCCGUGUGCGUUUCUCGGGGUUGACCCCUCUGGGAACCAGCCUCAGGAGCAAGGUUGUUGACCCCAUGAUUGUCCAACCCGCCCGAGCCAACCGCCUCGAGAAGCCCGUUCUGGUAAUCACCAUUACCGAUGGACAGCCGGCCGGCGAGCCUCACGGUGCCGUGGGUGAUGUCAUUCGCUACGCAGUGGAGGAGGCUUCGCGGACCCGUUACGGCCCUGGUGCCGUUGCGUUCCAGUUCUCGCAGGUGGGAACUGACCAGCGGGCUCGCGAUUUCUUGGCUACCCUGGACGAGGAUCCUCACAUUGGCCACUUGAUUGAUUGUACCUCCAACUUUGAGGUCGAGCAAGACGAGAUGUCCCGUGCUAACCCACCAGUGCAUCUCACUCGUGAGCUUUGGUGUGCUAAACUGAUGCUGGGCGCCAUCGAUUCCUCCUAUGACACCAAGGACGAGCGAGAGAACGCACGUCGUGGCGGAGGCCCUCCACCACCGGCAGGUCAGUAUGGAGGAGGCUAUGGCCAAGCUCCCCCGCCGCAAGGCCAGGGGCAGCCUCCCUAUGGUCCGCCCCCUGGUGCCCCUCCGAGUGCGUAUGGUUCCCAGGCUGGGUACCCACCACAGGGUGGCCAAUAUCCACCGCAGCCUCCUCAGCAGCAGCCUCCGUACCAGACACAGCAGGGUGGCUACGGCCAGCAGCCCCCUCAGCCCUACGGAUAUCCGUCACAGCCUGGAUCUGGGUAUCCGCAGCAGCCAUAUGGAGGACAUGGCCAGCCGCCACCACGCUAUUGA